AGGCAUCUCCCUAUUCAUUGGUCGACAUCUGCCUGAAUGUCCUGAUCACUAACCUGGAGAAAUUGUGUUCUGAAAGAUCCGAUGGAACACUAUGCCUUCCUGAGCAUUGGCAUUUUCCUCAGCAAUUAGCUGAUCGGUUCCUUGGAGUGAUGACGUGGCAAGGCAAGCUGACUGAUAGAACAGCGAGCAUUUUCCGAGGCAACCAAAUGAGACUGAGGCUGGUCAAUAUUAAAAAGGCUAAAAUCUCUACAGCUGCAUUCAUAAAAGCUUUCUGCCAUCACAAACUCACUGAACUAGAUGCUACUGCGGCGGACCCUGACCUCCCAAUGCCAAACAUCCUGCAUGGACUCUGCAGCAAUAACUGGCUCCAGCAAAACCUCCAGUGUCUGGUAUUGGACUCGACAAGCAUCCGUCAAGAUUCAAGACUACUAUUUGGUCAGCUCACUGGUCUUCGAGUUUUAAGUGUUUUCAGUGUUUGUUUUCAUAAUGAAGACCUAGCUAAUGUUUCUCACUUACCAAAACUGGAAAGCUUGGAUAUCUCCAAUACUCUGGUCACUGAUAUCUCUGCACUGCUUACCUGUAAGGAUCGACUCAAAUCUCUCAAAAUGCACUACAUGAAAUGUCUAACCAUGACCACACCACAAAUUCUCGAAGUCAUUAAAGAACUUAGAUGUCUGUUUCACCUUGAUAUUUCUAAUCACAGGCAGCUCCAAUCAGAUCUAGCUUUUCAUUUGCUGCAGCAGAAGGAUAUUCUACCUAAUAUCGUGUCACUGGAUAUUUCGGGGGGCAGUUGCAUCACGGAUGGAGCUGUGGAACUGUUUGUACGGCAGCGGCCUGCGAUGCAGUUUGUGGGACUAUUGGCUACAGAUGCUGGUUAUUCCAACUUCUUUACUACACAGCAAGGCUUGAGGGUCGCUGGAGGAGCCAGUGUGGCUCAGAUUUCGGAAGCACUGAGCCAGUACAGGGAUAGGUCAUGUUUUCUGAAGGAAGCCCUCUUCCGACUUUUUGCAGAGACGUUUUCAAUGCAGGCAACCAUGCCUGCUAUUUUAAAACUUGUGGCUGUAGGCAUGAGGAACCAUCCAUUGGAUUUGCCAGUGCAGUUCACAGCCAGUGCUUGUGCCCUCAACUUAACACACCAGGGCCUGGCCAGGGGAAUGCCUGUUCGUCUGCUGUCAGAGGUCACCUGUCUACUUUUCAAGGCUUUGAAAAAUUUCCCUCAUUACCAGCAGUUGCAAAAGAAUUGUCUUCUCUCCUUAACCAAUUCCAGGAUUCUUGUGGAUGUUCCAUUUGACAGGCAACUCUCUAGAGAGCAAACUGCACAACUUAAAGACGAGCUCCUCAGGGCAGUUAAGGAACUUCUAGCAAUAGUAAAACAAAAGACUACUGAAAAUUUAGAUGAUGUCACCCUCUUGUUUGCUUUGAAAGCACUUUGGAAUCUUACAGAUGAGUCUCCAGUUGCCUGCAAGCACUUUAUGGAAAAUCAAGGAUUGGCAGUCUUCAUUCAAGUUUUGGAGACUUUUUCAAGAUCACCAAUACAAAGCAAAGUACUUGGACUUUUGAACAACGUAGCUGAAGUCAGAGAACUCUCUUCCGAGCUGGUGACCAAAGAUGUGGUGAAGCAUGUCAGCGUCUUGCUCCAUAGCACAGCAAUGGAAGUCAGCUAUUUCGCCGCAGGCGUCAUAGCCCACCUGGCAUCUGACCAGCGGCCCUGGGUGUCCUGUGGCCUUCAGAGGACUGCUCUUCUCCAAGACCUGUAUGUAACUAUCCAGAAUUGGCCAAGUUCAAGUUGUAAGAUGACAGCAUUGGUGACCUACAGAUCCUUCAAGGCAUUUUUUCCUCUCCUUGGCAACUUCUCGCAACCAGAGGUUCAACUCUGGGCACUAUGGGCUAUGUAUCAUGUCUGCAGUAAGAACCCCAGCAAAUACUGCAAAAUGUUAGCUGAAGAAGGAGGAUUGCAGCUUUUGUGUGACAUCCAGGAGCACAGCGAGGCAGACCCCCAAGCACAGCAGAUUGCAGCCUCCAUUCUUGAUGACUUCAGAGUGCACUUCACGAAUCAUCAGAGACUCCCUUUGUGCUAAAUGCCCUUUUUAACCUAAGGGGCCUCAGCGGUGCUCUGGUCCUCAAGGGCAGGCAGAUCUUCCAUCCCGUCAGCCACUGAAUGUUGAAACCUAUUGUUGGAAUUUAUGAGUUGGCCAUCUUUAAUUUAUUUUU